AUGAGAUAUCCCUCUUCUUCCUCUACCACCAUGCUCCAAGCUCCUGUUGCAGAACAGUCAGAGUCCCAUUCUCCUUCCCCUUCUCCGGUCGGUAGCACCAACUCUGCUGGAGAAAACACCUUUCCCGAUGACUCAAAAAUCCCAUACCUAGUGACCGCUGCACGGUGCAGAACACCUGUCGCGUGCGAUAAAUGUAGAGAGCGGAAAACAAAGUGUUCUGGCGAAAAACCGGUCUGUGACAGAUGUUCGUCCAGAGGUCUCAUAUGCAUCUACGCGAGUCGGGACGCCAAGCGUCGAGUACAUUCGCAGACACCUGGCCCGUCUUCACGACACGCUCGUGGCUCUAGUGCAAAGGGUAGACUGUGCAUCGCGAUGCCAGACAAUGUGACCGAUUCUGUCUCGUCCACCACAGCUUCAAACUCUAGCCACCACCAUCCAUUACCUCCAUCUCAUACCCCGUCGAGCUCCGAAGAAUUCUCACCUUUGUGCUAUUCUUCCUUGACACCUCUUAAUCUACUACGACACCGCAUCCGCCGUGCGUAUCCGACAGGAUUCCAUCCAUCCGUGGGUUCCCUCAUUGGAGGAGUUGGUCACAAUAACGGCUUUUUCUCAAAUGCCUCCACGCAACCUCCGUCGUAUCACAACUCCACUUACAAUGCACCAGAGAGCGAGUACCACCCUGCCAAGCGAUCCAAUUCUUCAGAAUCGGGAGGCGACUCUUCGCUGGGAAGUGCACCUCGCACGCCUCCAGACGGCUCGCCGCUAGCAUCGAGUGGACUGGAGACCAUGUCGAAUUCUCUUUCCUAUCCACCUACGUACAUCGGCAUACAUCACCCAUCUCCUUUCCAUCUCGUACGCUCGAGCGAGUGGUAUCUUGACCCUCAACCUCACUCGUACUUUGGCACGGGUAGUACUAACAAUUUCCUGUCAGAGUUGUUAUCUCCUGCCCCCGCUUUUCCCUCUCAAGCCGCACAGUACGAUCGAGCUGCCAGUGAUCACACCAUGUCAGGACCACCACAUCAGAAAAUUGGGUUAGACUCUCCCAACUUCUAUAGCUACGCCGUGUCUAACAGUGACGUUAUGGUUGGAGCUGUACCAUCGUCGCUCUGGCCGAAAGCUGCCAGGACUUCCUCGGUCACUUCACCACGGGACAAGGUGGCAUUCGAUCAGGGGUCGCUACAAGGAGGGUCGCUGCACUUGUAA